ACUCCUCACAUCUAGGGUAUGCAAUCCAGUAUAGCAUUCCUAGGGGACAGGCAGUAGGUGUGGUGUUGGUUGGAUGGGAAGACAAAGAUAGUGGUUGUUUGAGGUGCCUUUCAGAGGUGCGGGACUGAAUGUGUAACCAUACCACAGGAGUUCAGCAUCAGCACCGUUGAAGAUUGUAUGCCCUGAGUGAAAGGAAAACAACAUAGUAGUCUUCACUGAAAUAAUGGAUGUCAAUACUGCUCUUCAAGAGGUGCUGAAGACUGCCCUCAUCCAUGAUGGCCUAACACGUGUCAUACACGAAGUUGCCAAAGCCUUAGACAAGCGCCAGGCCCACCUUUGUGUGCUGGCAUCCGACUGCGAUGAGCCUAUGUAUGUCAAGCUGGUGGAGGCACUGGGUGCUGAGUACUGUGCACUGUGUAAAAUUGAUCGAGAGGGAAAGCCACGGAAAGUAGUUGGUUGCAGUUGUGUAGUAGUUAAGGACUAUGGCAAAGAAUCUCAGGCCAAGGAUGUCAUCGAGGUGUGCUUCAAAUGCAAGAAAUGA